AUGAUUAGGGAUCACAGAGUCCCUGCUGGCCCGAGACCAGCAAAUGUUUCCCGCUCCCCGACAAGACCGUAUGAAAACGUCAACCCCACAAGCAAGCCAGCUCUCGCGGCCACAAACAAGACGUCACUCGAUCCAAUGCUGAGCGCUUCCUCCUCCAACAACCACACGCUAUUUUCUUUCGGCCGGCAUGGACGAGACGGUCAAGUAGCCGACGACACCACCACGGCGUCUUUCGACUUUCUCCCUUCCGUCAACUUCGACGAUCUACAGAGCAGCCUUGAGUCUGCCUCGACCGACUUCAAGCUCACCCAGUUUCCCUCACCUACCGGUCAAGGCUCCAUACUCGACGAGAAGCCACUGCUCGACAAGAUGGCGCCUCACCAAUCGAACGCCACCCACACUGGGAACGGCACACGCGUGGCAACCCAGCCAAACUCCGCCCCCAGCGCCGUGCCGACUGGGGGGAGACCAUUCAGGUCUGGCUCGAUACUCAGGAGACCCAGCCAGUCUAACAGACAAACGAGCUUUGGGUCAAAUGCUGGUGCCGCCGCCGCCAUGGACAUCGCAGAUGCGCCCACUGCUCCCGCAGCCAUGAGGAAUAGACGUCAGAGUCACUACCCACCCGUCUCGAACACGAACACUCUAGGCAAGCCGCCGCGGAAGUCGGUUGGAUCCGCGGCCAAUGAGCCUGAUUACGGAUCCCGGUUGGCACAGAGGAGACGGACCAGUUUAAUGUCGACUGCCUCGGACAAGGACAUUGCCCCUCGAGCAUCUACCGAUACAUUUGGGAAUAACGUCAAUGAUGUUGCGAGGAACAUUACAGCAUCUCGUACCACCAAGACUAGAUCUAUUCAGCCUCCUCCAAGGAUUUCUGCCACCAACUUCUCCUCUAGCACAGGGAGCAACGGUAGUCAGCUCACUCCAGACGGUAGCCGGAAAUCCGUACUUUUCCCUAGAUCGCCCAGAGUUGGUGCAGGGGCGACAAGCACGCCUGGUUCUGGUAGGAGAGCCUCCGUCAUGCCCGGCCAUGCUUCCGGGCUGGGUGCCCGAACGAUAUCCCCCACAGACGCCCAGCGAAUGAGGCGCAUGUCAAUGCAUCAGUCUCAGAAUCUGUCUCAAGCCGCCACUUCGCAACCAGCCACUUCCGACCAAAGGCCACAUUCCCGUUCGCCGUCCAUGAUUCCCCGGAAGACGUCCACCACACCCUCCUCCUUGCGCACCACACCCGACCCACCGAGGAAGUCAUAUAGUUCUGGCCUCUCUGUAGGCUCUACAAUAAGCUUCAACACUAAUAGGACAUCAACCGGUUCGCUUCAACCCGGAGCAGCGCAGAGCUCUACGACAUCCAGGCUACCGGCACCGAAAGCGACGAACAACAAUAACCAACAAGGCGAUGACGCGGAGGAUGUGCCUCCAGUACCAGCUAUUCCCAAGGCCUAUGAGUCGCCGAAAGACUCCCCGGCUGAAUUAGCAUUCAUGGAGAGGAAGAAGCAGGCUUUCGAUGCUAGCAGUAUACACAGCAACUCGACCGGUACUUUGUCCAAUGCGCCAUCAUUUGAGCCCAUAUCACAAGUCCAGAGGAAGCCAAGCGCACGCAAACCCAGAGCCACAAUGGGUGGUGCUAUCUCAGAUAACGAAAAGAAAAUCAUCUUUCCUAACCCCUCGAAGAGGAACCCCCCUGUGAGGUUGCCACCGAUUAAUCUGGGACCUCUCAGUACGCCAACCACGGCUAAAAUCGCAGCUCUGAAGGAUCAAGGCGCCGACAACAACGGCAAGAGGACGCCACCGGCCAGGAUAGCCACCAAGACGCCAACGACCCCAAUGACUGCUUCAAAGAGUAGCUUCUUCUCUCGGGGUCACAAGGAUAGAGAUCCCGAGAAGCCAGCUGUCAGGAGCAGCACUUCAGCGCAUCAGGGACGCAUGAACAGCGAUAAUGAGGCCGAUCUUACCAGCCCAUCUGACUCGAUACCGGACCUUCCCAGCGAUGCAUUGACACAAAAGCCCACCAUUUCACCAUUUCUUUCCUCGUCGCUGCCCAAAAGCGAGAGCACAUUUGGCGCAAACCUUGCAAAGGCUAAAGCUAAUGGUGACCACCACAAGACAAUGCCACCGAAUCUAAACCACAACAUGGAAGCCAGACAGCAACAGAAGCCAUCAGGGCCCAGGGCUCCGAAGCUGGCCAAGCCGUCUGCAAAAGCAACCCCUCCCGCAGCAAGCCCCGAUGACCCCCAAACGCCCUCAUCUAUGAGCAACCUAAGACGGAAGUUGAGUCUCUCUUGGAAGCGUAGCACCUCAAAAAGCAGCAAUCAUCCCUCCAAUGUUUCGGCGGAAAAUGGCGCUAGCCAUGUGCGCCAAGAAAGCAUGCCCCCUCCGCGAAUACCUAUUUCAGCAACUUUGGGUUCCAUGAAAGCGGCCAGCCCAAGUCAUGCAUCAAAGCCCUCCACCGGCUCGUAUCUCGACACGAGAAGACGUAAGAGCUCUGCAUCUAGCCUAACAGCAAUCGCAGCACAGGAGAAGAGCAAGAAUGAUGCGUGGACAAGUUCCAAGAAGUCCUCUCUUGACGUUGGUAACAGUUCCAUGAUCGAAACCUCUACAUCAUCCACUGCGAAGGGGUCAUCCGUGCAGCGGCUAUUGCGGCCAAGGCCAUCUACGGCCUCCAUUAAGCAGCAUCAGGACGCCAUGUACGUUGCCGAUCUGGACAAGGAUGAUUUCUUCGCUGAAGAAGAGAUGAAGAAGCUGGCCUCAAGGAGAAAAGAGACGGAGAUGGCAGCCAAGACACUCGACGCACUGCGCAAGAGAGCUUCACCAAAGGAAAGAGUCGGCCCUCAGGAAGCCAUCCGGAUCGCCAUGCUGAACAUCUACGAACGAGGCGAGAUUGUUGAUUACAACGACGUCUAUUUUUGUGGUACACAAAACGCCGCCAAGGUUAUCGGUGAUUUGAGCUCGAGUGCCCCAAACUUUGGAUACGACGACGACCGCGGUGACUACUCCAUAAUAGUCGGCGACCAUCUUGCCUACCGCUACGAGAUUGUGGAUAUUUUAGGAAAGGGAAGCUUCGGCCAGGUCGUGCGAUGCAUCGAUCACAAGACUGGUGUUCUUGUCGCCGUGAAGAUCAUUCGGAACAAGAAAAGGUUCCAUCAACAGGCUCUGGUUGAAGUGAACAUCUUGCAGAAGAUUCGCGAAUGGGAUCCGAAGAACAAGCAUAGUAUGGUCAACUUCACCCACAGCUUCUACUUCCGAGGUCAUCUCUGCAUCUCAACUGAACUUCUCGACAUGAACCUGUAUGAGUUUAUCAAGUCGAAUAACUUUCGUGGCUUCUCGUUGAAGCUCAUUCGAAGGUUCACUAAGCAGAUGCUCAGCUCUCUCCACAUGCUCAAGCAACACAAGGUCAUACACUGCGAUCUGAAGCCGGAGAAUAUCCUACUGAGGCAUCCCAUGCACUCGGAGAUCAAGGUUAUAGAUUUUGGUUCUAGUUGUUUCGAGAACGAGAAAGUGUACACAUACAUCCAGUCUCGAUUCUACCGCUCGCCAGAAGUCAUACUUGGAAUGACUUACGGCUUGCCUAUUGACAUGUGGAGUAUUGGCUGCAUUCUUGCCGAGCUGUACACAGGAGUGCCGAUCUUCCCAGGUGAGAAUGAACAGGAGCAACUGGCUUGCAUCAUGGAGGUGUUCGGGCCUCCUGAGAAGCACUUGAUUGAGAAGAGCACCCGGAAGAAGUUGUUCUUCGAUUCGAUGGGUAAGCCACGCUUGACAGUGUCUAGCAAAGGCCGUCGUCGGCGACCCUCCUCGAAGACUCUGCAGCAGGUCUUGAAGUGCGACGAUGAGCCGUUCCUCGACUUCUUGGCCAGGUGUCUGCGAUGGGAUCCAGACCGACGCAUCAAGCCAGAAGAGGCUGUUAGACACGAGUUCAUCACAGGACAAAAGGCUUCCGUGCCUGUGCCGCGCGCAGCAACAAGGGAUCAAUCCCCGAUGAAGCGCCAUAACACGAUCUCCGUGCCUCGACCUUUGCCUGACCCUCCAGCAACAAACAAAGUGCUACCUCGAACGGGGCCAUCGCCACACAAGCCGCCCAUCGCUACCAGAAGAGCGUCUGGUAUGACUGGACCGUUCACUUCAGGUGGUAUCAAGAGGACAAGCACGGGCCAAGGUGGGAUUUCAGCAACAGCAGCAGCAGCAGCAGCAGCACCUACUGCUCCCAGCAGCAAUCUACCUCGAGUCGCAGGUCGCAGUGUUAGUGCUAAGCAAGACCUCGCAUCAGCUGGCGCUACUGCUGCUAUGAGUCGACGAGUUUGA